UGCAAAGACACUACAAUGGGGUUCAAUCCCUUAAGCUAAAUCAUUCAGCCUCCUCCAGGCUCAGAUCUCAGAUCUAAUUUCCUAUUGUCUCCCACUCCAGCAUGUCAGGAUGACGCCCGAACACAAUACAUACUGGAAAAAUGUCCUGAUUAUCGUUCCUAUCGUUGGGGCUGGCACAGCUACCGUUGUGUACCUGUUACGUCUCUACUCUCGACGGUUGGCAGCUGUGGGGCUUCUACUGGAAGACCUGCUCAUGGGAAUUGGGUUGAUAAUUUCCUACUGUGCUACAGCCUUCGUGGUGCAGACCGCCUUCAAUGGAGUCGGUCUACCAGUCGCAACGUUACCCCCUGAAGAACGGAAACGUAUUCAAUUUGGAUCAUGGAUGAUUCAGAAAUUCUGGGCCCCGUCCAUGGCCUUUGUCAAGAUCUCCAUCGUCGUCUUCCUCAAACGUCUCCUCGGUUCUGUCCGUUCAUUCGCCAUUAUUUCCAAUUGCCUGAUCGUUUUUAUCGCCGUAUGGGCCAUCACCGCCGUAUUGGUUAAUACUUUUCAAUGCAUACCGGUGCAAUACUACUACGACAAGACUUUGAAGGGACACUGUAUGAAAGGACAGGUAAAAUUCUUUCAAGCUAUGGGGUCAAUUGCAUUAGUCGAGGAUGUCAUCAUUCUCUGCCUGCCAAUUCCUAUUGUUUGGAGGUUGCAGAUGGUCUUUCGACAGAAGAUUGCGGUAACUCUGGUCUUUUCACUAGGAGCACUUGUCUGCAUCUUCAGCCUUAUGCGCCUAGUCGAGUUCCGACACUUCGUACUCACCGAUCUUGCCUCCUCAAGCGCCAAGGAAUCAAUCUGGACCUGCCUCGAACUCGACGUCGCCAUUAUCUGCGGCAGCCUUCCCCUCCUCAAACCACUCGUGCAAGGCUUCCUUGGCAAAGUCAGGAGUGGUGUCUCGAGAGACCGCUCGCACCCUUCCACCACUACAAAACUCAAUUCCUCGCGGACAAAUAACGACGGCUUUCAAAAGAUUAGUGAUCGCCAUGGAAUGUGGUCUGGACCGAAGAAUGCCACAACUGCGGCUACAAUAAGCAGACAAAGCUCGGAUGUGGAGUUGAACCCUAUUCCAUCGCAUACAAGGGUUCGGCGAGAAAUGGAUGGACCGUCGGAUGUCAGUAGUGCGGAGUCGGUGUUGGGCCAUGAAUGGAAACACUAGAUAAUAAAAUCUUCAAAAGUGGC